CGCGACAUGGUUUUGACAGCUGUAAAUCACUCUUCAUCAAUCCUAUCCCCACAUUCUUAACAUUCCAUCAAAUCAUGGCCACUAUCCACAAGAUUGUUAGCACCAAUGACGCCCCUGCUGCUCUUGGGCCAUACUCCCAGGCUAUUGUCGCUAAUGGCUUUGUUUUCUGUUCGGGCGCCAUUGGAAUUAACCCUCAGUCCGGUGCUGUUCCUGAAAGUGUUGAAGCUCAGGCUGAACAAGUCUUUGCCAACAUGAGUGCCGUACUUCAAGCAUCUAACUCAUCCUUCGCUCAGGUCGUCAAGACUACAGUAUACUUGAAGAAUAUGAAUGACUUUGAUGCAGUUAACAAGAUCUAUGCCAAGAACAUGAAUGGUGCUCUUCCUGCCCGUGCCUGCGUCGAAGUUGCUCGCCUUCCAAAAGAUGUCCUUGUUGAAAUGGCCUGCAUUGCCACUGUGUAGAAGAAAUGAUUUCUGGCAGAUACUGGUUAUUGAGCGGUC